AUGCCUCCAAGAGCGACCAUCCCUUGUUCCGUUCAAUUACCUUCUAUCAAACCGACAUGGCAACCCCCUAAACCCCAUUUAGCAUCAUAUCAUCCUCCUGCAUUUUCACCUUCGUCUUCAACGUCGACAUUUGUACCUCCCGUUUCGCCUCAACUACCUCCGAGAAGAAAGCCAGCUUUUAGUCCAGGUGGAUUCGGUCUGCAAUCAUCACCUCAACCCGCGCCUUCACCCAGAUCAUGGAAGGGUAAAGAGAAAGCUAGAGAAGCCGAGCUGGACGAAAUCAGGAAGAAGGACGAAGAGAUUCGAAGAGAUGAAGAAAGGUUAGAAGGAAGGGAAAGUAAAGAAGGAAAAGAAGAAGCCGAGGCUUGUUACGUUCCUCCUCCUGCAACACUUCAUUUCUACUCACCGAAUCAACUUCCACUGCUUUACUCACCACAACCCUUACCACCUUUCCAGAUAGCUUACGAAACAUGGGGUAGACUCAAUUCGAAAAGAGAUAAUGCGAUUCUGUUACAUACGGGAUUAUCAGCUUCUUCACAUGUCGCAUCUGGUGGAAAUGAAGUUUCUUCUUUGACAUCUUCAAAAUCAGGAUGGUGGGAAGAAUUCGUUGGACCUAAUAAAUCCAUUGACACCAAUAAAUUCUUUGUCAUCUGCACGAAUGUUCUGGGUGGAUGUUUCGGUUCAACUGGUCCAUCAAGUCCUUAUCCACCUGGAGAUGGUGAAACUCGAUGGGCAACAAGGUUCCCAAUGUUAAGCAUACACGACAUGACUCGGGCACAACUGGACUUGUUGGACUCGAUGGGUAUCGACAAGUUGUACGCAAGCAUAGGCUCCAGUAUGGGGGGAAUGCAAAGUAUCUCCAUGGCUUAUAUAGCUCCUGAAAGAGUUGGAAGAGUCGCUAGUAUCUCUGCGAGUGGGAGAGCCGGCUUGAAUGGCGUCGGAAUGAGAUACGCUCAAAGAAGUGUAUUAAUGGCAGACCCUAAUUGGAACAGAGGAUUUUACUAUGAUGGUGUACCUCCUCAUAAUGGAAUGAAACUAGCUAGGCAAAUCGCAACCAUCACUUACCGAUCUGGACCAGAAUGGGAACAACGAUUUGGACGACAAAUGCUGUCAGAACAAGAAUCUGCUCUUGAUUCAGAGGGUAAUCCAGAUGUCCCAAGGCUAUCACCGGAUUUCUUGAUCGAAACUUAUCUUGAUCAUCAAGGAGAAAGGUUCUGCUUAACGUAUGACGCCAACUCUAUGAUUUACCUUUCAAAGGCAAUGGACCUCUUUGACAUGUCAGCUCCGGCUUUGACCUCUCUAGCUAAGAAAUUCAACGCUGCUUAUCCCGAUUCAAAUCCAUUCCCAUUCCCAUCUGACCCGGUCGAAAUAUCAGUAUCUUCUGCCAGACAUACAAGUUCUUCCGAAACUUCAGCAAGUAAACAAGUAUCAGAAUCCGAAACUCAGAAGAAAUUACAAAGGUUCAUUCCUACCUCCAAAUCUCCUCAUUUAGCUGAACUAGCUCAAGGUUUACAACGACUGAAGAGUAUUCCAGCUUUAGUAUUGGGUGUACAAAGUGAUGUCUUGUUCCCAGUCGAACAACAAAGAGAACUUGCAGAUGCGUUGAAAUUAGCUGGAAACGCAAAUGUCACUUAUUACGAGUUAGGUGGAGUUUGGGGUCAUGAUACUUUUUUACUGGAUGUGCAGAAUGUAGGAGGAGCUAUCAGGGGUUUCUUGCAUUGA